UUAACUUCGCGCUGGCUCUAACUGAGCUCCGAGUCUUUUAAUUUGAAGGUUUUUACCGGAAGUGGCACCGCCUGACGUCCGCUUGCUAGCAGAAGCGCUUCGGAUCAAAGACUCGCUUUUGGCUCCGCAGUCUUACGGGCUUGUAGUCAGUGUAGUCUGCUCCUGGUCUCCACGGACGCUUCUCUGUCUGGAUAUCUUCGUCUGCUCCUUUGAUUUUUCUUUGGAUUACAUUCUUCGGAUGGUUUUCAACUCCAGUUCGAUGCAUAGAAAUGGGUAAACUGCACUCAAAACAUGCCGCUAUUUGUAAACCCAGGGAGAGUCCAGAAGGCGACAGUUUUGUAGUCAACGCUUGUUUGGCGAGAAAGGGAAUCGACGACUGGCUGGUAAAGCAGAAAUACUACUGCACCAGCUCAAGACUCGAGCAACAAGACUGUCACCUCAAGAGCAGCUCGACUGCGCGGGACUCAAUGGUGGAUGCAUGUGCCGAGGGGAUCAGUGAUGAACACUAUCGUUUAGAAGUGGCGUUACCCCCGGAGAAGACCGACAGCUGCUGCGUGGAAGAGAAGAUGCAGGAGCGGGACGGCCAAUCUACCGCAGGGAAGCAGCUCCAGUUUGAAGAGCUGGAGUGUGCCGUCUCUGUGGAGGAAGACAACAGGCAGGAAUGGACUUUCACCCUCUACGAUUUUGACAACAAUGGCAAAGUUACAAGAGAGGACAUCACCAGCCUGCUCCACACCAUCUACGAGGUGGUGGAUGCCUCCGUCAACCAUUCUCCCAGCAGCAGCAAGACGCUGCGAGUCAAGCUGUCCGUGGCUCCCGACUGCAGCCAGCGGUGGAGGAGCUGUACGCAGGGUGCGACAGAUCUGCCCCACCCCAGAGAGAAAAAUGACAAGUACAUUGAAGACCCAAGAAGUGCGGAUAAGAAGUCUCGAGCGCUCCUAAGGCGCCACCACAGUGACCACCACGCCCAGCCCGGCUGCCAGCGCCACUGUGUGGAUGAGAACCUGGAGCGCAGGAACCAUUACUUGGACCUGGCAGGCAUUGAAAACUACACGUCUCGUUUCGGAGCCGCCCCUGCUGCUGUCGAACCAGCUAAACCCGAGAAUCAGACCCGGCCGUCCAACCAGGCGCGUUCCCGCUCUCAUGAACCCGAAAAUGGCCACUCCCAUUCCCACCACCGCCGCCUGCAGGCCGUCAUGGAAACCGCCGCUCCAGAAUGCCUUCAGCCCGUCCGGCCGCGGGGCCAGGACUCCGGCAGACACGCCAUCCGAUCUCCCAAGACCCACAGCCGCACCCCCCCGGCGCAGACCGGCGGCCGGGUGAUGAGGAGCCGAGGUGUCCCGCCACCCGCCACCCUGCCGAGCCAGACCCCCCCGCACGAGUCCACAGCUCCCUACCGCAAACACAAACAGAGGUCCAAGGACAGUCAGGGCCACCGGGCCUUAGGCUCUGUAGCCUCUCCAGGACCAGUGGUGGAGAAGGAGCAGGUGAGGGACCUCCCCAGCAUACUGCUCUACGAGGGGGGGCUGGCACAAAUGGUGCAGCGGCAUGAGCAUCACCACCACCACGAGCACCAUCACCACUACCACCACUUUUACCAGUCCUGAGGUCGGACUCUGCCGCGGACAGACCCAAGCAAACCUCCUCCUUUGAUACGGCGCCGCUGGACUUGCAGGGGGCGGACAGCAGAUGGGGAAGGGCGGAGAUGACCCCCCCAGGGCUAAAUUUAACACCAUGAACCAGUGUUAAAGGCUGCAGCAGGACGGGGAUUCAGAGCGGUGAAGAUCCCCACCAGAACUGCAGAAAAAAAAACAAAAAAGAUGGACAAGAAGAAGGAUCGGGAUGUGAAGGAACCUGAGCUGAUAGCUGUGUGAAUGUGACUGUAAAAAUGUGAAUUGUGACUGUUGCAGAAGUCUCGGCGAGUGCAGGUGUGUGCGUGCGUGUCAUAGCACUGGUGUCUGUCGAAAACCACUUGAAGUGUGCUCGUGGCUGUGUGAGCGUUUGAGUUUCUGAAGAUCGGUAGAUUGAAGCACGCGUCACCCCGUCGGUAACAUUAGGAAGGAAAACAGAGGAAUUUUGUGAGAUACCCCAAAUCUGCUGCUACCUCUAAUGUCAUUCAAAUUGUGAGUUUAAUUACGCAUUUCUGAGUUUCAGGUUCAUUUUUCAAGAAAUAUUUCAAAUUUGUUUUUUUUAAAGAAGAGUCUGGCGAACUAAAAAUGUGGAAAAGCUCCUUUAUAAACUAACGUGCUGUACAUAAAUGUAUAAAUAUAUAUGCAUAUAUAUUACUAUCAAUUUUAUAAGCUUUAUUAAUAAUGUAACAUCUUUGUAUCGGCUAUUGAAAGCGUUUUUGUUUCCUUUACCACAGAUUUUCUGUAUGACCACUAGGAGCCUAGCUAGAUUAUUUACACCUCCGUUAGUGACCCCGCCCCCUUUUCUCUCAUCUUUGCUGGAGUACCCACUCUUAACAGAGCUGUUCAGUGUGUCAGUUCACAUCAAAAGGACAUACUUAUUCAAUCUAAACGUAAUUUUCCCCGUUUUCAUGAUCAUAUAACCGUUCUCCAGACUCCCCAAAACUGUUUUUUGCUGCAGUUUCCGUAAAAGUUUAUUUACGGUUGUGUUUUUUUGUCUUAUUCUGCACUAUAAUUUAAGCCCAUGUCAACUCAGUCAAACCCAGUUUUUGCAUCCAGUCUUUGACACCAUGCCAUACAUGACACGGGAUAAGUAACAGCGGUUAUCGCAGCUAAAAUGUUUUUCUUUUAAACAAGUCUCUGUUUUCUGAUUCAUUUUGAUGAAAUAUUUGUGUAUUUUUAAGCUUUUCACUCAAAGCUCAUUUUAUCUGAGCAACACUUUUCACAUAACUGCCUGAGGUCCUGGGUUCAAGUCCCGGACGAGCCCCCAAUUUAUAUUAUGCCCUUUUUUGUGUCUAGGGCAGGGGUGUCAAACUUGAUAAUAUAGAAACAGGAGAAAAUACGUAUGAAAGAAAAUGGCAGUUCACCCUUAUAGCUUCACUUUAAUAAAGCUUCGCCACUUCAGGUUAGAAAAAAAAAUUAUAAAUACCAAUUGGAAUUUUUAUUUCAAAAAAUAGCUGAAAGCUGUUUUUGCUUCGAAAACAAACUCCGAGAUAAAGCUUAAAGGGAAGUUGAUUCAUUGAUUUAAUAAAUCCAGGUUGAUUUUCAAAUUAAAAACAAAUUUGAUAAAUCAAAUUAAGACAUGUUCUUUUUUCUUUUUCUAAAGCCCUAAUAAUUAACUAACUUGCACGCAUUUUUCACAAGUAACCCUCUUUUUUUGUCUUUAGGUAGAUUUCUACAAAAUUCACUUGAAUAGUUUCAGUUUUGGCAUGCCGUAAUCGAAAACCAGUGAAGUGGAUGCUGUGCAGUAUCGCAAUAUUUCAUUAUUAUUAUACAGUCGGAUUUUUGUUAUGUCAUAAUCUGAAAUCAAAAGCCAAUACUAGAAGAUUUUUAACUUUUAUGGCCAGACAGAAGCUGAAAGAUCAGAUAUUUAAUACAAGAAUAUUGUACAUUCAAUGAAGUUUAUUUAUAAUAGCUUACACUGCCAGUUUAAACAAAGAAUUGGUACAAAAUUUUGCAAAUCUAAAUAAAAAGAAAAUGGUAAAAUCAGCUUAAAGAUCUUAUUUAAAAUCAAUCCCAGUGGAUUUUUAAUUAUGAUUGUGCCCAUUUUAGCCAAAAUCUAAAAGCCUGUGUCGUUUUCCAAGACAGUUUCUGCAGAGCGUUAGAAACAAAUGUUAUACAUAACGAAUAAGUUAUUUUUCAAAUAGAAUUUUUUCAUCUGCUCCUGAUUCACAAGAAUUUUAAUAAAGAAAUACUUAGUUUUCUAACACAUGUCCUCUAAUAUCUGAAAAAUGCCCCCAGAACAUGUUAAAAACACAAAAAAAUUCAUAAGCCUCUCCAAUGUUAAGAAUUUGAAAAGCUAGCACCAUUUCUAAGGACAUGUUCAGCCAGAUCCACAGAAAAUGCCCCCAUCAUCCUGUGGAAUGUCAGACGGGUGUUCUCCCCGUGUCACAGUAGCCUUGUUGCCCGGCCGAUGGUCCCACAGCUGCUCCUCUGUUGCCAUGGCAUCGUUCCUGUCCGCCAGCUGUCAGCGGCUCUUUCGCUGUGCCGCCAUGUGGGCUGAGCUCCCAGCCAACAAGGCUCUUGUUUGUGGUGCGGCGGCGCGAGGGCUCUUUCAGCUGUCUCAUUCCUCUGGUGCCGGAUAACACCGGCCCCGACCCGCGGUCUCCACCGCACCCAUAAUUCAGGGAUGUGGCAGGCUGGAGCGCGUGCUGCUGGUGCGAGAGCAUCCGUGACCUUUUAACCAAAGGUUAAAGCAUCCAGAGGAAAGGAGGUGUGUAAACCAGACCUCCACUGUUUGAUUGUGUGUCGUGCAUUCGUAGGAAUGCUGUGCACGCCGCUCUCGCCCCCGGCGCUCUGUUGUUGUCAGGUUGUUCUGCCGAAGAGGCUCCAGUCAGGCGGAUUACCUUUUGGGGAGCUGAUGAAGAGAAGCAGCUCCUCUCCCAAGCGGGGGUCACAGCUGCGCUCCUCACCGCCGCUUCCUCUCUUCUCGUGGCUUUACUGGGACUUCUGCUUGCAGAACCCCCCCGCCCCGAUUAAAGUGGAACUUCUUUGUCAAGGCUUUCAUCUCACCCGGAGUGAGAAGUGGUCGUCUCGUUGUGUUAAAAGACUCUAAGCGGCAAACUUUUCGUCUCCCCGGGUGGUCCGACUUUGACACGGUGGCUGAGGGGCUUCUGAAGGAAUUGGGCUGAGUCAGACCGCCGCGGCCAGGUGGCAAAUUCUGAACUCAUUUUUCCCAAACUUGUAUUAAACAUUUUUUAUUUAAUACUAGUUUAAAUUCAUAGGGAAAACUUUGUAUUGGAUGGUGGACACCUGAACAGCACUUGUUAAGAGUUGUGGGGAAAACAGAAAAACUUUUUUUUCUGUUUUUUAUUUUCAGCAGCAACUCAGAUAUUUCUCAGAGUCGACGAGAAUCUUUUAUUUUUAGGUACACGUGUGCUGGUUUAUUUCCAUUAGGAAUGCCUCUGAUGAUUUCUUAUAGAAGCAGCAUUUUUUGCUCGGUUGUAAAGAAGUAUGCAACAACUUCUCUGUGUUAUAUCGAAUGCACCACUAAUUUACUUUGUACGGUUUAAGUAUCAACUUAAUAUUUUUCACUGUUUGUAUGUUGUCUUCAUCAGCACAGUGUGUGUGUUAUCACACACACACACACACUUGGUGUUUGUUUAACUCUAGCUGCCCUUCCCACUCUUUUUUAUAAGGUUUGCUUUAGUUUUUAUUCAACUGUAUUUGAUUAAUUGUUUUAUUUAUUGGAUAGCAGAUCUGUGCCAGGGGGGGGGGCUUUUAUUAAAAUAUGAAUCUGUUCUUAAUGAUCUGCCUUUUUUUGUGUUUGAUUUUGUGAUCACAGCACAAGCAGGAAGGAUAUUUGAUGUAAAACCAAAAGUUCUGAUGUGGUGAUCCCUAAAGGGAGAAACAUGUUAUUAAGCAUGUAACCAAAAAAAAAAAAA